UCAACUGACCCAUAUGUUGAUGGAGCUGCCUGCGGCUUCUCCAUGGCCUCCGACUCAUCCGAGCCCUGCUACUCAGUCGGCAGCCGGGUAGAAGUGGACUGGCCACUGUUGGCAGGUGGCUUUGCGCCAUUCCACGCGACUGUCCUGGCGAUCGCAUCCAGAAAGAGAAAAGCCGACGCCGACAUCCUUCCUACGACAGGUCGUUUCAAGUACCUGCUACGCUGGCAGGAUGGUGCUUCUGACUGCUGGCAAACUUUGCGCAAGCUCUCCCACCGGCCCGUGGCGCAGAAAGGUGACACGAUGCCCUGGAUCGACAAGUGCGAGGCAGCCGAUCAUGCCGAAACACCACUGGCUGCCUACCGAGAUGUUGCGAGACGAGAGGAUCUUGCACUACGUGGCUGA